GCAUUGUUCAUAUUGCUGGAGAUAGACAGUGGGGCUGGACGGCAUACUUUAUUACCAGUAACAUUUAGGGGUUUCUGAAGUUCCUUUUCAUAUAAGACGCUUUUCUUUUUUUGUCAUUUGGCUAGGCAGAACUAAUGACCAUUAUUUUGUGCCACACGGAACUUGAAGUUGAGGCAAAAGAUCAAUCAAGUAAACUAAAGUAACAUUAGCAACAAGUAACGUUACAAGUAACAACAUAUGUGGAUGAGACGGUGUUAUAAACGCGCAAAUGUUUAAAAACACCUUUCAAAGUGGAUUCCUAUCUAUCUUGUAUAGCAUUGGGAGCAAACCGCUUCAGAUAUGGGAUAAAAAGGUCAGGAACGGCCACAUAAAGCGGAUUACAGACAACGACAUUCAGUCGCUAGUGCUUGAAGUGGAGGGAGCAAAUGUCAGCAUAACCUACAUCACUUGUCCGGCUGACCCAAAGAAGACACUUGGCAUCAAACUCCCGUUCUUGGUUAUGAUCAUAAAGAAUUUGAAGAAGUAUUUCACCUUUGAAGUCCAGGUGUUGGAUGACAAGAAUGUGAGGAGGCGGUUCCGGGCAAGUAACUACCAGAGCACCACUCGGGUGAAGCCCUUCAUCUGUACCAUGCCCAUGAGGCUGGACGAUGGCUGGAACCAGAUCCAGUUUAACCUGUCUGACUUCACACGGCGGGCCUACGGCACCAACUACAUCGAGACACUCCGCGUACAGAUCCAUGCAAACUGCCGCAUACGGAGAGUGUACUUCUCUGACAGACUGUACUCGGAAGAUGAGCUCCCUGCGGAGUUCAAACUUUAUCUACCCGUACAGAACAAAGCAAAGGACAAUGACCUAACACACCUCCAGGCUGUGUAAGGGCUAUUUGACCAAGGAGAAUGGAGUGCUGCAUCAGAUGACCUGGCCUCCACAAUCACCCGACCUCAACCCAAUUGAGAGUUUGGGAUGAGUUGGACCGGAGAAAAGGAAAAGCAGCCAACAAGUGGUCAGCAUAUGUGGGAGCUCCUUCAAGACUGUUGGAAAAGCAUUCCAGGUGAAGCUGGUUGAGAGAAUUCCAAGAGUGUGCAAAGCUGUCAAAGGCAAAGAGUGGCUACUUUGAAGGAUGUCAAAUAUAUUUUGAUUUGUUUAAAACUUUUCUGGUUACAUGAUUCCAUGUGUUAUUAGUUUUGAAGUCUUCACUAAUAUUCUACAAUGUAGAAAAUAGUAAAAAAUAAAGGAAAAACCCUUGAAUGAGUAGGUGUGUACAAACGUUUGACAGGUACUGUAGAGUUUUUUGCAUUGGUCUUCAUAGUUGUAGACUAUUAAAGUAAGAAACAGAAAAGGCAUACAAAUGUUCUCCAGCUUUGGCAGGGUAGUGUUUCACAACAAUUGCACAUGACAGGACGAGAGCCAAGUGUCUCUGUAGUGUAUCAGUGCAUUCGAGAAAUGGCAUCUGAAGGCCAAAAUCUUCUUGAAGUACAUUCUUACUAAUCAGUUGAGCUUCAUAUAGAACAUUUCCCUUUCAAAAUAAACAUUUUACCUUAUUUAGUAUAAUAUAUUGCUCCUCUGCUUGCGGCCAACUGCUCAUGGUUGUGACACGUAAUGUAAUACGUAGAAGUCGUGGACGUACAUCAGUACGGCGAUGGGCUGGCCAAUGAUGAGCGAGAUCCAGACUGCCGCAUUGCCAUAGUUACCUCUCAGGAAGCGGCCGACGAACCAGGCGAGUGGAAUCUGAAAGAAAAGUUUAGGCAAUUAUUGAAAAAUCUAAAACCACCUACUUUAAAAUGUGCGUAUAACCAUUAACAGAAGACCAUGUUGUCAAACCCACUGUUUGAUUAUAAAAAUACAUUUUGUUUUUAGAAGAGGGUUUCUGACCUGAGACAUCAUGCCCAUGAACGCCCACAGUCGGAACAUUUUCAGAGGAACGCUCACCAAGUACUGAAAUGAGAGAGGAAGAUUAUCAAAUCGCUGCAGCCUUUAAAACACUAACAUGUACACCAUCAGAUUAAGUCAAGUGUGACACUAUGAGUCAGUGGCCAUGUUGGAGAGGAUCAAAACCAUCAUAGGUAAAUUGUGACUGACUGAUCUACAAAUAAUAUUGAACCUUUAACUAGGUAAGUCAGUUAAGAACAAAUUCUUAUUUACAAUGACGGUCUACCCCAGACGACACUGGGCCAAUUGUGCGCUGCAAAUCAAGGCCGGAUGUGAUACAGCCUGGAUUUGAACCAGGGACUGUAGUGACAGCUCUUGUAGUGCCUUAGACCGCUGCACCACUCGGGAGCCCAAGUGGCUCUAACAUGGAGUAGUUAUUUAUGUAGAUCAGUCAGUCGGCUGCAAUGUCGAACAUGCCCAGAGUGUUAGAUGGCAUCACACAUCUCAGCCACCCACACGAACCUCGUGAAAGAAGGCAGAGACCAGGAAGAUGGCUGUCUGAGCGACCCACUUAUUCACACCUCUCCUCAUGAGAGGCUUGUAAAAGUGGCUGUGGAGUACAAGAGAUGGAAAUAAAUGAUUUAUUAGUUGGGAACUGUAGACAAUAACCAAGAGCGUUGUUUAUAGCCAUCUUAAAAACAACUGCUAUAAUGUCACAAGGUUACAGGACUUACUGUAGACAACUCAGAACACAUGCUCACAUCACACAAAGUCAGUGCUGUAGGAGGUGGUAUUGUUCCAAUCACAAUGUUUAUUUCUUAAACUCCUACUCACCGUAGGCACCACUUGUGCACAGGAAUGUUCCAGUUUGACCAGAAAUAAGUGACCGUCUCAGAGUUCCUGCAAAACAACAAGUGACUCGGUCAGAGACAAAGUUGCAGUUCAUUAUCUAGUCACUACUUUACAUGAUAUGGAGGGAAAGGAGGCGCAGGGCAGCCUCAUUCUUGAAGUAAAAAAAUCCUUUAUUUAGAAGACUUUGUCUAAGCUACUUUACCAUUACUUCUAGCACUACAUGUAAUCCAAACACAUGGCACAAUUCACAUGGUAUUACUGCACAAAUAACGCAAGGCUAACUGGGAAUAGUCAUCCACUUACCACCAGUCCUGGUAAAACUCCCUGUCGCCGAACCGCAUCAGCUCAGCUAUGAAGUUCAUGGAAGAGUGGAAAAACCAAUAGAAAAAGAUGAGCCAGAUUAAAUGAUUGGGAACCUGUUGGGGUAGAGGGGAGAGGAGGGAAAGCCUUGUGCCAUUAGACAGUCUGGACAUCGGAAAAGUAUUCAGACCUUCACUUUUUCACAAUACAGCCUUAUUCUAAAAUGGAUUAAACUUUUUUGAUUUAAAAAAAAUCCUCAAUCUAUACACAAUACCCCAUAAUGACAAAGCUAAAACAGGUUGACAUUUUAGCAAAUUUAUUACAAGUUUUUAAAAAAAUACCUUAUUACAUAAGUAUUUAGACCCUUUCCUAGGAGACUCGAAAUAGAGCUCCGGUGCAUCCUGUUUCCAUUGAUCAUCCUUGAGAUGUUUCUACAACCUGAUUGGAAUCCACCUGUGGUAAAUUCAAUUGAUUGGGCAUGAUUUGGAAGGGCGCACACACCUGUCUAUAUAAAAAGGUCCUACAGCUGAGUGCAUGUCAGAUCAAAAACCAAGCCAUGAGAUCGAAGGAAUUGUCCGUAGAGCUCCGAAACAGGAUUGCGUCGAGGCACAGAUCAGGGGAAGGGUACCAAAAUAUUUCUGCAGCAUUGAAGGUCCCCAAGAACAGUGGCCUCCAUCAUUCAUAAAUGGAAUAAGUUUGGAACCACCAAGACUCUUCCUAGAGCUGGCCACCCUGCCAAACUGAGCAAUCGGCGGAGAAUACCAAGCGUUACAUCUGGAGGAAACCUGGCACCUUCCCAUUGGUGUUAAAAUACUACUGAAGUAGUUUUUUGUGUAUUUAUAUGACAACUUUUACUUCACUACAUUCCUAAAGAAAAUAAUGUACUUUUUACUCCAUACAUUUUCCUUGACACCCAAAAGUACUCAUUCAAUUUUGAAUGCUUAGCAGGACAGGAAAAUGUUCCAAUUCACACACUUAUCAAGAGAACAUUCCUGCUCAUCUCUACUGCCUCUGAUCUGGCAGACUCACUAAACACAAAUGAAUUGUUUGUAAAUGUCUGAAUGUGUUUUCCCUCCAUGGAUAGCCAGGGGCAUACCCUAGCUAGCCGUAAAUAAUAAAAUGUUGCCGGCUGGUUUGCUUAAUACAAUAAAUUAUUUAUACUUUUACUUUUGAUACUUAAGUAUAUUUAAAACCAAAUACUUUUAGACUUUUACUGAAUGACUUGAAUGAAUGAGUAAUUUCCUAUUAAGCUAUCUUUACUUUUACUCAAGUAUGACAAUUGGGUACUUUUUCCAACCACUGCACAGUCUGUACGGUGAAGCAUGGUGGUGACAGCAUCAUGCUGUGGGGAUGUUUUUUAGCGUCAGGGACUG